GUCAGGACUGGAUCUGCACGCGACAACUGCUACUGCAAAUUCUAAGACACGGCCACAUCUACUGGGCUGCUGCUGGUGGUGUUUUUUGUUGUAAUUUCAUUUUGAACGGAAGGACUUGAGAAAAGUCAUCAUGGCGUUUGAUUUGAGCAUCUCUAUCUUCCUGCUUCUUCUUACUGGAGCAGUGACAGUAAAAGGAUCUGAUCUGUCUGAUGCCCUUGAUGACAAUGACUCCCAUUAUGCACCAGCUGUCGACAGACCAAAGCGUUGGAGUGGGUUCAAUCUUUUUGAUGGACUUCGUGGCAAUGGAGACUCUUCCUCAGGACCCAAACCCACUAAACCCACUGCAGGAGAUCCCAAACCGUUCAAGGGCUCUGGAGGAGAUCACUUUGGAUUCAAUCUGGAGGAUGCUCUCCGUCCAGCUGUAAAGCCCACUGGUAAACCUGGUGAGUCAGCGGGAGACUGUCAGGAAAGCGUGCUGCAGAAACUGGGCACAAUCAUUGACAAUCAAAAUCAGCAGCUCCGCCUGCUGCUGCAGAUGAUGGCUCGCCUUCCUGCCUCCUCUCGCUUCAGUGAAAAUUCCAUGCUGGGCUGAGAAUGCAGGUCUCUGCGAUGCUAAGACAUGGAGAGGAUGGGACGACAGCUGGCGUCUUCUUCAAACGUGUCUGAACAUCUUAAUCUUUUUCCUGACCAAUACACAUUCAUAGGAACACUGAUGAUAUUUCCAUCUUUAUUAUAGUCAAGAGUAUUUUAAAUACAAGCAGCACAACAUCCAAAUAUAAUGGGAGUUUAAUGAGACACUGAUGGCAGGGUAAAGAUGAUUGGUGGAGGGUACUCUGUUUAAGGAUACUUUAUCACGCUCAAUCAAUAAAGAUAAUCACGAAGA